AUGCCGGCGCCGCUGCCCCGUCCCCGGGGGGCCGCCGGGCCGGGGGGGCCCCACCGUCCCUCUCGAGCGCGCCGCGCUUCCCGGGGGCUCGCAGUGGACUCGCCCCUUCUCCAGAGCCGGGAGGCUCCUCUCCCCGGAGAGCCGGAGCGACCCGUCCGGUUAGCUCCAGCCUUAAGCGUCUUUGGCUCCCGCCUCCUCCUGCUGUUCCUCCUGCCCCCGCCUCCACGGGCUCACGCUCUCCCCCACUCGGCGAGCUUCAAACCAGGAAGCAGCUGCCGCCGCAUCCCCGGCCGGAGCCUCGCGCCGCCCGGCUCCAAGUUCACUGAAACCCUGCGCGGGUUUCCGCGCCUUUCGAACCCCGGGGGCGUGGCGCACAGCCCUGCCGCCGGUGCUGUAGCUCAGUGGCCCCGCGCACGCCGCGGGGUAACCCUGCGUCCGCCCUCUCGCCCGGCUCUGCAAGCGUUCCCUGCUGCGCGGGGUCUGGCGGGACGCCGCCAGCUGGAGGCGACCCCAGGUGCAGGCCGAAAAGGAAUGAGCUCGAGACCCAGCUCAAGCAAACACCUGAGGCAUGGAAGAGAGAGGCCCGGGGAGGGCUGGAAAACGGGGAGGAGGAGGAGGAGGAGGAACAAGGGAACCCAAGCUGCGAGGAGUCGCUCGCGCCCUCCCUCCCAACCUGAAAGAUUCAGCUUGUGAACCUUCUUUGAUGUAAUCUUUCUGGAACCACCAAGAAGAUGUAUGCUCUCCUCUCUUCCUUUGCCUCCCAGUGUGUAUGUGUCUUACAGCACCAACGUACUGUAUUGUGAUUGUCUAAAUAUAGUUAUUGUCCCCCACCCUACACUGUAAAUUCUUUGAAGAUAAAAUGGUGUUUUUAUCUCAUUUUCCCAGUGCCUGGCAUGUUGCCAGGCCUAGUAGCUGCUCAAUAAAUACUGGUUGAUCAAAUGGUUGAAUGAUAUUCUUGUGGGGAGUCUUUGAGCCAGAAUACGCUAUUGGUCUUGAGAAAAAUACUUAAACAUUUUCCCUUUAAAUAGGAUUGCCUUCCUGCUUGAAAUGUUACUAAGAAAACAUUUUACAAUAUUCCAGCACAGCUGAGGAAAGAUAGAACAUCGAAGGGAACAAAAAUAAUAGAUAGGAGAUAUUGAAUGAAAUGCUCAAAAGUGUUCCAGUUCAAGAUUAAAUGAAAAAUGGAAACGAUAAAGGAAAACUAUGAGAUAAAAUGAAGUGGGGAAGUGAGGCCAGGGACAUACAGCACAGUGGCUGUAGGAGAUAAGAGGAAGAAAAACAUGUGGGAAGGGGAUCUUUCUAAAUCAUUUUUGAAAAGGUGAGAUAGUAUGCAAACUUUAUGAGAAAUGUUAUUUAUCCUUUGAGACAUUUAUUUUAAAAUAGCCUUUCUAAUGAUGCAUAAAUAUAUGUGAUCAUAUUUUGUUAUAUCAAAUAACAAUGCAGUUUAUUAACUCCUGUAGAUGUGUUGUGAUGGCAAGGUUAGGUGGGCUGUUUUCAUCUUAGGUUAGGUGGUUUGUACUUAAAUACUCGUACAUAUGAACUCCCAGGUACGAGACGUGUGGUAUACUGUUAUAAACAAUAAUAUGUAGCAAAAGAUCUUGUAAAAUUUACCAAGUCUCUAAAUUAGUAUCAGUAGGAUGAAAGGAAAAUAAUUUAGCAGUAAUAAAUGAUCAAGAAAAGCUAACAGAAGGCUCUGAGUUUGUGGAGAAAUGAGUGAGACUUUGCUUGUCUCAAGAAAAGGUGUCAUGGCAGUUGAGAAGAAGUAGGAUUGAAAACCUGAAAGGCAAAGAUUGCAAGGCUUAUUGCAAGGUUUGGGGCCAGGAAUGCUGUCGUCUGGGGCAGAGAAGUGUUGGUAACAAACUGCCCUUUUACUCACAGAUAUCUACCUGUUAAAACAGGUCCAUGUGACAAAGUUUUAUUUAAUGGCUUCUAGUAUCCUAAAGUGAAGUAGUCAAAAAACGUAUUUCACAGUCAAGCUUUCUCUAUCACAGAGUAGAUAAGAGGUCAUGAUCUGGAGCUAAACUGCCUGAGUCCAAAUCCUGGCUCCUCCACUUGUCUCUGGGCAGGUUACUAAACCUCUCUGUGCCUCUCUGCCUACUGUAUGAAUCUUGGACUCUAAAGAAGGACGGUGAAGCUGGCAUCCGUUGGUUCUGUUUUGGAAAGCUGUAGCCCAUGGCAUGACCCUUCUCAUCUCUAAAAUAGGAAGAUAACACUUGAUAGCACCUGCCUCAACAGGUUAUUUUGAGGAGUAAAUUAGUUAAUGCACUUAAAAUACUUACAACAUACUUAAGACACAAAGUAUAUGCUUGAGAAAUAUUUUGUAGUAUUAUGGAAUGAAUAAACAAUUCUCUUCCUCUGAAGGAAGUGAAUACAGUGAUUAGAGGAGGGGAACAGGAGUCAGAACACACACACACACACACACACACACACACACACACACACACUACUUAUACACUUCCAGAAUUCUACCAACCUCAUUCAGACAUUAUGAGACUUAAUACCCUUAAGUGACUGUAUGACUAAUUUUCACCAAGCAAAUGUCUGAGGUCUUCAAAUCUCAGCAUUCUAAGUAAAAUAAAUUAAAAGAAAAAAAAAAAGGAAGAUAAUAGCCAUAAAAACAAAACCAGACCUAAACCCCCGAAAUCAGGUGACAUCUUAUCCUGUCUUCACCACCAUUUGCUACAUGAUCUUUGCAAGCAGGAAGAUCUGUUCCUUCCACAAACACUCUCGGGGAAUACCUGAUAAGGACAUUGUCCCUGCACUGAAGGAGUGCACAGUCCAGUGGAGAGGGGCUCAUACGAGUCCAACAUAACAUGCACGCUCUGAUUGGGGUAUGUGCACAGUGUCAUGGCAGUCCUUGCCGGGGGAACUUGAUCCUGGGAAGACAACUGAUCUGGGUUAUAAGAAAUGAGUAGAAGGGAGCUUGUAGACCGCGUUUUCAUUCAUUCAUUCACUCAUUCAAAAGCUAUCUAUUGAGGGCCUACUACAUGUUAAGUACUGUCUAGAUGGUAGAAAUAUAAUGGAGAGUAAAAUAGAUUUGUUUAUUACAGUGAGGAGUAGACAGAUAAUUACACAGUAUGGUAAGGACUCUGGUAAGCAGGGAAGCCCCUCCUAUUAGGAGAAGCAGUCAGAAGCAGUGACAUUCAAGCGGAUUCUAGUAGGAAUUAUCCAGGUGAUGGGGUGGAGAGAAAAGAACUGCAAACAGAGGAAUCACGAUGUACAGAGGCUGGAGGCUGAAGAAAGCACAGCUGAUCUGAGGUACUGAAAGGUAUGACUAGGGACAAAGUAUAAAGUUUGAGGCAGAAGAGAUAAGGCCAUAGAGGUAGGAAGGGGCCAGGGCCUUACGUUCACCUUAAGGACUUUGGAUCUCUCUUGAGAGAGAUGAGAGGCCAUUGAGGGUUUCAAGCAGGAGCCAGACAUGAUGAGAUUCAGAUAAUGUAAGGAUCACGCUGGCUAUAAUGUAUAUAAAAAAAAAUGGAUUGACAGGGACCAAGAUUAGGGGAAGGUUAACCAACCAUCAUCCAAAUGGCAGAUGAUCCAACUCCAGACCAGGAUAGUGGCAGAGUGAAUGUCAAGGACUGGUGGACCGGGUGAUAAAUUGGAUGUAGGGGCAUGAAAGCAAGAGAAGGGGGAGCCGGACUCUCAGAUCUCUGCAUGGGGUAACCGCACAGAUGAAGGUGGCAUUGCUCCAAACACCGGUUUGGAGUUAGGCAUGGUGAGUUC